UGACAGAAUUUUCAUUUUCGGGUGUGGCAAAAAGUUUUAGUCCCUGUCUAUCAGGGAAGAAAAAUUCAGCCAAACUUCAUUCCAUAUUUAUCUUCUGGCAAAACACAGUCCUCACUCCCCAAACCCCAAAGGUCAGCCCAGUUUCAUGACACCAAUGAUUCAAAACAUGAUCCUUCAUGACGUGUUGGACCCUACAGGCUUUAACACUGAUUCUAUGACUAUAAAACAAUGACACCACAAGCAUCUGCACUGAUAACUGAGAGACGUGUCACACUGAGCCAGGAAUAUUCUUAGCAGAUGUCACAUAAUUUAACAGAGGAAUAAUCAAGUAUGUUACAGGAAAACAAAACCGCAGCUUCUGUAGUAACCAAGUUUUUCAUCGUGGGCUUCCCUGGACUCCCCCCCAAAUACUACAGCCUGAUGGCAGUGCUUUUGUUCUGCAUCUACAUCGCUGUAAUCACCGGUAACUCUCUUAUUGUGCUCCUUUUUGUGAUUGAACGCAGCCUCCAUAAGCCUAUGUAUAUUAUCAUGCUGAGUAUGUCCUUUUCUGAUAUUGGUUUUUGCACAGUUGCUCUGCCAAAAGUCAUUUCUCGCUACUGGUUUAAUGACGGUUAUAUUGCCUUCUACAUUUGUUUGUUUCAAAGACAGCUGAUUCACUAUUUUGGGACCCUAAACUCUCUUACUAUGAUGAUCAUGGCUCUAGAUCGGUACUUGGCAAUCUGUCACCCACUAAGAUACCCUGUUUUAAUGACUAACCGCACUAUGAGACUUCUAAUAGGGAUUUCCUGGGUUACUGCAAUGAUUGCCCCAACCAUCAACACAAUGCAAACAGUGAAAAUGCCAUUCUGUGGGCCAAACAUGAUCGCUCAUUGCUUCUGUGAUGGUGUAUCUAUGAACCAGCUCGCCUGUGCUGAUGCCACCCUCACAAAUCUCAUUGCCUACAUUGUAGCAAUGUUUGUGCUUCUCGUGCCAUUCUCUUUCAUCAUCUUGUCCUAUGCAAGUAUCCUGGUGUCUGUGCUUCGAAUAGCAAAUGCACAGGGUCAUAUGAAAGCCUUUUCUACCUGUGCCACACAGCUGACUAUCAUUAUCAUCUAUUAUGUGCCUCGUUUCGUGGUACACUCCAGUUCUAACAUCCCGAACAUUCAGAUGAACAACAGUCAGAAGGUCGCCCUGGUCAUGUUCUACAGUCUGCUUCCACCACUAGUGAACCCCUUUAUUUACUGCAUCAGGAUCAAAGAAAUCAGACAGUUCCUUCUCAAAUGGUGUGUAAAGAGAUACAGAAUCAGUCUAAAGGUCAAUAGGUUAACUAUUUCUAAAUGAGAUUAUCUGUCUGUCCCUGUUCUGAUGUAUCCAAUUACAUGCUGUAUAUAUGCAUUUACAAUAUUUGUUAAUAUGUGUAUAUAUAUAUAUAUAUAUAUAUAUAUAUACACACACACACCACAUACACAUAUUAGCCUAUAUAUUAUCCAGUUCUUAAUUUUUAAAAAAUAAAAAUAAAUACAUGGAAUAUUUGUAGUGUUAUUUGUCACACUGCAGGCACAUUUAUCAACUGUAAUAUAUUUAAAUUAUAAAUAAAUCAUAAAUUUCCUACCAGACAUGCAUACAAUAUGAGUGCAGUUUUUUGUUUUGUUUUAAUUCAUAUUAUUUAAUUAGAUUACUAUUAAUAAUAUGUUCUAUUAUUUUAUUUAUGCAUCUAAUGUCUUGGUUAUGAAUGCUUUUGCCUGUUUUCAUUAUUAUUUCUCAUAAAUUAAAACUACAUUCCAGGUAAAAUUAUGCGAUCAUUUACUCACUUUUAAGUCAAAAAUCACAUUAUCGAACUGGUAAAUGUCAAAGAAAGUCACACUUAAUUACUAAUUGAUAAUUGAUGCACAUGACAGUGUCCUGCUGAGUGAAGAAAAUAGUUGAUUCUUAUCGCAUGCAGUUUGAGAAACGUGUGCUGGCUGUUGCAUCGAAGGCCAUGCUGUGUGUGCUUGUGAGGUUUCUAUGGUUAAUACCAAAAUACUAUAGUUUCAAGUGUUUCAUAUGAGAUAAUCAGUAGUGUCUCACUACCGGACGCUUGGAGGCUCA